AUGGCGCGGAGUGCGCUUCACCCGAAAGAGCAUCCAGGGAUUUGCCUAUUUACAAUUUCUGUCGCUACGCUGACGGUUUAUUGGAUCAUCGUUUACGAGAUGUGGGCACGGCUACAGAAAAUGAUGCUCGUUCACUGCUGGAGGAAUCUCGAUGACGCCGAAUGCCAUGAGCCCGUUUCUUCUUCGGAAUUAUGGACCGAGCUUCUGGACGCCUUCGCCGUCAUCAUCAUCUACGGCGUCCUACCGGCUUGUUUGCUGAUCGGCAUCUGGGCAGCAGGCUUUACGUGGCGAGCAGGAUGGCGGGUUUUCGUCAGGCCCGGCUUUUGCAUGAUCUACGCAAUCUGCGGCUUUCUCAUCGUGCUCGUCGAGCACCUCUGCGAGUUCUUCGACCGCUACUUUGACAAGGAGCAACCGGGCGAAUGGCUGUUGGUCCGAAUGUUCUGGCCGACGGUUCGCGCCACCUUCAGCACGUACGCCUUCUGCAACAUGUUUUGUGUGAUUCGCAUCUUUGACGCCAUCAAUGGCCGUGUCCGUGCCCGGCGCCGU